AUGCAAAUUCAAGAUGGUGACUUGUCCCCGAAAAGUUUGCGUGCCAAAAUGCUGCAGCACAAUGCAAAGCUGAUCUCCCAAGUCAACACAUUGCAGUACGAGAAGUCGACCUUGGUGGGUGAACAAGCUGGCAUCAAAAUGAAGCCAGAACCAUUCAGUGCUCUUCAGCAAAAACAAACAAAAUUUAAUGGCGGACUAGAAGCUGAUGAGAUCACUCAAAGAUUGUUGUUGCCUGUUGCGGCGGCAGAACGCUUGAAGCACGUGGAGCGCGAAAUCGCUGCAAGCGAGCAGCAGCAACGCCCACCAGCAAAUUUCUUCAAAGAGGUGUCAUUGACAGGUGCCGAAUUGAGCACGCUGCCAGAAUACAAGUUGCCUUGUAUAAUUCCACAGGCUGCAGCCUGGAAGGGCCCACUUUCAUUUUCCGUAGAUCGUGAUGAGUCUGGCGUCAUUACCAAGGUUGCUUGCCCUGAUGGUGAAGAUGCCUGUAACUUUGACACUUUUCUUGCAGAGGCCCAUAGGCUUGCGGCGGCUGCGAACCGCAGCACCUGGGUAUCUUCGACAGAGUUGGCGACCACCAUUCUGUGCGCAGGGCAAAAUCCAGCGUUCGACGGAGAGGCGCCAGAUGACGAAGAUAGCUUCGAUGAGGAGUUGCAUUCGCAAACCAAAGCAGCUGUAGCAAAACUUCUCCGCAAAGAAAUGCUUCAGUCCGAUGCCACGACAAGUUGCCCAGCAUCGGAGAACCUUACGCCUGAAAUGGCUGCGCAACAGCUGGAAGAGCUUUUUGACAGGAACGCCAACCGCGACGAGGCACAAGUCACAGAAAUUGACGUUCCUUUAGCGUGGAAAGGUCCUGCAGCGUAUGCCAAAUCUCUCAUUGAUAAGUUUCCUUUCAACCAGGAGCAGCUGGACUUGUUGGCCCUUCUAGUGAAUCCACUCGAAGUUGCGUGGCGAAACCGAGAAGAUACAUCUGUGUACACCUUGCCGGUCGACCUAGGACAUGAACACAAAGCUGCUUUGGCUAUGUUCGCGCGAAUUCCACAAGUCUUUGUCCUUCAAACAGCAAUGAGAUUUGAGGACGAAAUCCAAAAAAACAUUUUGCGCAAAAUGCGGGCGCCCGGCGGUGAGCGCCUGACAGAUCAAGAGUGGAGCCACUUGUCGGAGACUAGGCUAGAAGACAAAGCUGCUUUCCAGUCCCCAGAAGCUUUGGUGCAAGCCACCGGCGACUGGUAUGAGAGUUGUUACCUGUGGUCUAUCACUACCUUGAUUGCCUUUAUUAAAGCACGGCACUCGGCCCGCGAAGCCAAUCAAACUCUAUUUUUCGUUCCUGCAGCAGAUUGGCCUGACCAAGCCUGA